AUGCCCAUCUCUGAGUCUUUCCGUUCGGAUGGGUUUGUUGAACGAACGCAGGUGACACAUCCAGAAGUUGCAGGUCUGAGUCGAAAUUCAUCGACCGGCCAGAUUGCUAGUGGUCGAACCUUUGUCAAUUCGGCAUACAAGCAGAAUUUGACAAUUCGACCCUCAAUCGGUCAUCCGUCGUCACGUUCAGUGCCACUAAAGCACUUACAUCGGCGGCAAAUACCCGAUCAUGCACCAGAACGUCCGACAA